AAUAUGUUGAACAUAACAGUGUCUUUGUUGUUAUCCGGACUUUUAUUGUCUGACAUCCGCCCAAUCCCUUCGGUAGACACCGAAGAUCAGACACAAGUUCAAUUCAACGGUUUUGCUAAAACAACAAGAUACUGGGAUUGCUGUAAGCCAUCAUGUUCAUGGUCUGCUAACGUCCAUGAAUCGAAACCAGUGGACUCUUGUCAAAUGAACGGAGUUCGAAGAAUCAACAAUCAAGCACAAUCUGGAUGCAAUGGAGGGCCAGCUUUUACCUGUAACAACCAGCAACCUUGGAAAGUUAACAACAAUUUGGCCUAUGGAUUUGUAGCUGGAUCCUUUAAGGGAGGAGUGGAUAAUAGUAGAUGUUGCACAUGUUACAAACUAAAGUUUCGCAAUCCUCGUGGAAAGGUAAUGAUAGUUCAAGUAAUAAAUACUGGUGGUGACUUAGGUCACAACCAUUUCGAUAUUCAGAUUCCUGGAGGUGGUGUAGGUGUUUUCAACCAAGGCUGCCAUAAACAAUGGAAUGCACCCUGGGACGGUUGGGGUAAACGGUAUGGCGGAGUUGGCUUAGAACGUGAAUGCGAUCAACUACCAUGGCAACUGAGGGAUGGUUGUAAAUUUCGUUGGAGGUUUUUGCAAGGAGCUGAUAACCCUGACGUGGAUUUUGAACAGGUUGGCUGUCCAAAUGAGUUGGUUUCAAGAACGAAUUGCAAGAAAUAAUUCAUGCAUAUACUUACACUAAAUAAAUUAUUUAAUAAAGGAAUAGCAUUUGGAUUGGUAGUUUUGACUAGGCUUUG